GGGCGGGAAGGUGGGCUCUGGCCGCCUGGAGCCGGAGACCGAGCCACCGCCGUCGUCCUUAGCGGGGAGCAGCCGGGAGGAGGGGGCCGCAGUCGGGGAGGGGUCCCACCAUGCCCAAAGUCUUCCUGGUGAAGAGGAGGAGCCUGGGGGUCUCGGUCCGCAGCUGGGAUGAGCUCCCGGAUGAGGAAAGGGCAGAUACCUACAUCCCAGUGGGCCUGGGCAGUCUGCUCCACGACCCCCAGGAAGACUGCCGCAGCGACGGCGGUAGCAGCAGCGGCGGCGGCAGCAGCAGCGCGGGGGAGCCUGGAGGCGCCGAGAGCAGCUUGUCCCCGCGCACCCCCGAGCACGAAACCCCCGAGCCCGGCGACGCCGACGGCCCAGGUGGACACCUGGCGGCGAAGCAGCGCCCGGUCGCCAGGGCGAAAAUCAAGGCGACAGCUUAUCGGGACGCCCAUCUGCGCUUUCCUGGUAGAAGUUCCAUGAUUGCAUGCUCAAAGUUCACCACAGGCACAUGCAGCGACUCGGUGGUUCACAGCUGUGACCUGUGCGGCAAGGGCUUCCGCCUGCAGCGCAUGCUCACCCGGCACCUCAAGUGCCACAACCAGGUGAAGAGGCACCUGUGCACCUUCUGCGGCAAGGGCUUCAACGACACCUUUGACCUCAAGAGGCACGUCCGCACGCAUACAGGCAUUCGCCCCUACAAAUGUGACGUCUGCAACAAGGCCUUCACCCAGCGCUGCUCCUUGGAGUCCCACCUGAAGAAAAUCCAUGGAGUGCAGCAGCAGUACGCCUAUAAGCAACGCCGGGACAAGCUGUACGUCUGCGAGGACUGCGGCUACACGGGCCCCACCCAGGAGGACCUGUACCUGCACGUGAACAGCGCCCACCCGGGCAGCACGUUUCUCAAAAAGACAUCCAAAAAAUUGGCAGCCCUUUUGCAAAACAAGCUAACAUCCACACUGCAGGGGAAUGCCAACCUGAGCGAGGAGGAGGAGAAGUGAGGAGGGGGCGGGGAGAGACGCCAACGUUGCCACGUUUACACGGAUUUUUGGUUUUGAGGGUCCCCCACCCCCCUGGCUCUUUCUAAUUACAAGUGUUCAGUUCGUCUCUCUGAUCUUUUGGAGCCUCAGUAGGGGAAUCUGUUCCAACGUUGUCAAUUAUAACAGUGGCGUCAGGCCCCCCCGUAGCCGUGUGCUAUUGAACACAGUCACAGGAAGGAAAGUUUGUGGAUGGCCAUGAUUACCAUGUGGGGUUUUUUUUUUUUAGGAUUUUCACACAUGGAGACAGAGGUGUUCUUAGAGAGACUAUCAUUUUAUGGUGCCUUGAAAUAAAAGUACUUCCACUUGAAACGCUA